AAUUGUUUUCUUAACACCUUGACGCACUGACAAUGUAACUGAGCCUAAAGCUAAACCGAUGGCAAUUAGCUUAAAAUGGCGGGAUUACGCAAAAAGAGACGUACCACGAAGCAGGCCCUGCUGCGCCGGGCUGUCAUUAAGGCGGGUCGCAUUGCGAACGAUACUGUAGAUAGGUCUGCGCUGUAUGAUGUGCCCCAAACCAGAUCCAGUCCCCAGGCCAAGGCCAUAACUGUGCUGCCUUCCUUUAACAAGGAUGCGCAAAUGGUGCAUAUCAUGCAGCGCAGCCUAUCCAACAACUCGGGCUCCAGCUGGGAGCCGAGGGGUGCGCAGCGAAUAACAAGAAUCAUGCCCAACAAGACUGAGGCUAAGCUGCAACAUAUUUUCCUCGAAACGCCCUUCAGGUCGGCUGAGCAACGCAAGGAGGCGGACAAUGGGGCAGCAAAGAAAUCGGGCCUCAAGAAACCAAAUACCAACGAUAACAGAUCAGGAGUUAGCUUGAAAGCGUUUGAGCCUUCGAAGGGCUCCAAGGGCUCACGAGCUAGCUCCUUGGGCUAUCCUUCUAGUUGGAAUUUGGAAGUGCCCGGCGAGGACGAAGUGUCUGCAGUGGUUGCCAAUGAGCUCAGCCUAAGCGAAAUAGUCAAUUGCGAAGUACUCAAUCGUACUAUCUACGAUCACCGGCUGAACGCCCCGGUUACCCUACGUCGACCCACCAAAAUUGACAAUGCCGUGCAGUGUGUGCUUCCGCACAUGCCAAAGACCGCAACACUGCGACGUAAGAAAGCGGCCGGGGUCCAAACCCAGACAACUACCAAGCGUAGGCUGUUAACCCCAAAGCCAAUGCAAUACAAGAUACCACGACUGCAAAGGAUCAGGUCCAGAAUGUUUCCGAUUGGCACUAGGCGCAGCAUUUCUCCGACGGGCAUUAUCCGUAUCGACAAGCUGCUUGGUGUCACCCCCAAAGGAAUGCGGCCCCGUGUGUACAGUGGCAAAGCGGACUUAAAUUCGGAAAGCAUUUCGAACAAUGUUGGUAAAAAUCCCAGGAAUCCCAAAAAUCCUAAAAAUCCCCGGCGACCGACAGCGCCAGGCUCCAGCAAUGACGAGGAGCGCGGAACGAAAAAGUUGGAUGUUGCCAAGGAUAACAACUAUGGCGGUUACACACCAUCGGAUUGCAGCUGCGACAUUAAAAGCAAUGAAAGCCUUGACAAGCAAAAUAAAUUAACGGCAGCCCCUAAAGAAUCCUCAGAGCAUUACAAUCGCAUCGAUAAGAUAAGUCAACCGCCCAACGGAAAGGAUCGGAGAAACCAAAAACCCGAAUCCAGUUCGGCUGAGUGUAAAUGCAAUGGCCAACCAGGCACCCAGUUGAAGACCCAUCAAGCCACUUGCACUAAAGUAAAGUGCCCCAAUAAGAGCUGGGAUUCAAGAAUGGCCAAUGAGCAGGCAAUAAAGGAAGCAGGAAACAAAUCGGGCACGUCGGGCACCUCGAGCACUAUGCAUUAUUGUUACUGUAGUCAAAAAAAGUCCAGUGCCAAGAACGUGGUCUUCGAGAGUCAAGGGUCGAACGACACGGAGCAGACACAGAGCAGUUCCAGUGAACAAAGGUUUGCCAAACCCGGAUCGGACACGAAACUGCCUAAGGCCUCUGGCCAGUGUCAGUGUCCCAAGUGCUCCAAUGCCGUGACACAGACGCCAAUAAGAGGACAGAAUGGACAAAUUGCGACAAAAACCAGAGUGCAUAGUAAAAACAAUUCCGACGAAUGCAUCUGCGUAUGCUCGAGUUGCAUCGCAAAGGGCAUGGGACCUGCGCAGAACUUCAAGGAAACAAGCGAUGUGUGCGACUGCAAUCCUAAGGCAAAAUCUAAAAGUCAACCACCGAACGCAGCCAGGGAAAUGGAUCGUAGUGCAAAACAGAGCUCGAGAGAAACGAGAGUUCAGAGACCUGGCCGAGGAACAAUGCAGAGCCCCAGAGAGGCAAAUCCUUCAGGUCCUGAGAGGAGAAUGACGGUGAGCUCAAGAGAACCAAGAGCUCAAAGUCCUGUUCCAGAAGUGUACCCACGAAGUACUAUCGCCCGCCCAAAGAGCAGACAGGAGGCCGUGCAGCAGGUUAGAUGCCAAUGCCCAAAAGCUAAAGUUGUACAGGCACUGCAUGAAUUCAACGAAUAUUGCACCUACAAAUGUCCUAAUUGUUCAAAUAGAGUUCAACAACCUACCAUAAAUACAGCCAUGUAUGCCAGAGAAGGGAUGUACGGUAUGAGCCCAUGUCAAUGUCCUGGCUGCAGAAUGCUUCGAAAUUCAGGCAGUCCGAUGUUACGCUCAUCAAACCCUCAUAGUGGCCGAGACAGUCCAACCAGAAACCCAAUGAGCGAUUCGAGGAGGCAGAAUUACAAUGGCAAAAGGCAUCAUGACCCGAAGAAAUCAUCAUCAAGCAGUGACGAUUCAUCCAAUGAAUCCAUUGAAAGAAUUCCGCCAGCUGUUUCCAUAAGCUCAAACCAGGACAGGGUUAACAAGAGGGUACAAUGCGAUUGUAAGUGCCCCAACUGCGGCAUUAACAUCAAUGAUUUCUCCCGGGAUGACAGAAAUAAUAGCGAAAUAGACCAGAAUCCAAAUGAUCUAUAUAAUCAAACUCAUCCCAGGCCAGAUGCUGCGACAAGGGAAGCUAGGAACGCACAGGAGAUGGGAGCUAAUUUAUAUGGAUCGAAUAGGUAUGGAGCCAAUAGCCAAGGCAGCCAGGAAGACGGCGAUCGGGAGUGCAAAAUCUGUAAUACCAUAAUGGCUAAGAAAAAAUACGGUAUGGCAUCGAAAAUCAAAUUCGAUAUAGAAUCGGACAACAAAUACGGUAUGGAUCCAGAGCAAAAAUACGAUAUGGAUCCAAAACACAAAUACGAUGUGGAUCGGGAGCACAAAUACGAUAUGGAUCCAGAGCAAAAAUACGAUAUGGAAUCGGACAACAAAUACGUUAUGGAUCCAGAGCAAAAAUACGAUAUGGAUCCAAAGCACAAAUACGAUGUGGAUCGGGAGCACAAAUACGAUAUGGAUCCAGAGCAAAAAUACGAUAUGGAUCCAAAGCACAAAUACGAUAUGGAUCGAGAGCACAAGUACGAUAUGGAUCGAGAGCACAAAUACGAUAUGAAUCGAGAGCACAAAAACGUUAAGGAUCGGGAGCAAAAAUACGAUAUGGAAGCGAAAAGCAAGCACGAUGCGAAUUCAAUUCGGAAUCGGAGGCCACAUUGCAACUUGGAGACGUGCAAUAAAAAGUGUAACAAGUGUAAAAUAACACCGGCAAAAACCAAAACGGGCGAUGCCAUGGUUAAUCUUGUUGUGGACGAUAAAUGUAAUGUGAAUCAAAUCAUUCAAAUCUUGCAGGAGACAGUUUUACAGCUGGAGGGACAAAAGAAACUGCUCAGUCAGUCCGUGGACAAUGCGGUUGUCACCCAAAAUGAGAAUAUUAACAAUGUUCAGAAGAAUUAUGCAAAUGGCACUUUGACCUCCUUGAAUCCCAACUUUAUGCCAGAACCUUAUUGCGACAAAAGAAACUGUCCAGUCUAUAUGUCGGAAUCUCCGGAUCAGGAGCAACUAUAUAAGCCGACGGCCUAUAACACAUAUCCAGAAUACAAUCCAAUUCAACAGCGAAAAGUUCAGAUAGAAGGUAGUCCCCAAGCGACGCGAAGAAACAGAAAUCAUGCUGCUUACCAAAACCAAUCCAGCUUGGAGUAUCGGCCAACAGAUGCGUUUGAGCCCCAUCUGCCUAAUCAAAAUUAUGAUAGAUUUUUAGAUAUGGAUCCGAAUGCUCCCCAAGAUGGUGGCCUGCGCAGUCGCAGCGGCAGCGCGAAUCCCUUGAAGGAAUACGCCAAGAUAAGCUCGUUGCCGCGUGAAAUACUCCAAAAGAUCAAUCCUACAAAAUCAUUCAUAGAUAUGUUUCAUAUGGCCAUGGCCUUAAAAAACAAUAAAGGCAUCUUCCACAAUCCUAAUGCACAUGCCUCCAUCUACGGGCAAAUGCCCAAGGAACAAGAGUUCUUGGACUAUGCACAGUAUGAAAGCAACAUAUCAGCUGCUGCUAAAAGAAAGCAAGCGGCUGGCAAACAGCUCGCUAGAGAUCCAUCAGCGCGAGAUCUACGAUUCUAUCUACAAAAUCCACCAUCAGUGGAACACAUUAACAAAAACUCUCCAGGACACAGCAGUUCGAAAUAUCCUACAAGCAAAUAUCUAAAGCAAAACUUUAAAUUUUCCUCCCAUACAGGAAUUGGCGAAAGAAGUAAUAGUCCGCCACGGCUGCAGGGACAAUCGGAGCAUGAACACCGACACCACAGACCGCAAAGAGAUGAGUCUCAUUUUUUUCGUAAAGAUAACAACGAAAGCAUAACCAAAAGUCAAAUUGCAGAACAACAUAAUCGAGAGGAACUAGUCCGGCGACAACCAAUGGUGUGCUCUGGCAUCUAUGAUAAAUCGAAAAAUCCAUAUUUUAGGCGAGAACUGGCUCAGAGAGAUUUAUUUCGAAAGCACAGACAUCGUAACGCUGGUUCGGAAUACACAGAAUUACGUGAAGAAAUUCCAUGUCAAGCACAAGUUCCAAAUAUAAUAAAGGAAAACCCAUUUCUUCAGAAACGGGAAAGUUCUUGUAUUGUGCCGCCGUGUGAAUUCCGGACACGUCAACUUCAAGAUAUGCAUUCUUGCGGCUUGGAGUUCUGUAGAAAAUGUUCCAAGAAUUCCAAGGUGUUGAUCCACAGAAAACCAUGUUCCGACAAAGAAUUUAAAUAUUGCAGUGAAUUCUGUUGCAUGGAAAAACCCAAGAGACGCGAUCUGCAAAAAAUGCAACCCGCUCUGCCUGUCUACGGGCAUUCGAAAUCGCAAAGUAGCUUCGCCUCUGGUAGAUCUAGGCAUCGAAGAAAAAUGGCAUCCCUACCCAAGCGGAAGAUAAGUUAUCUAAAAUUGGAAGAUUUCUCAUCCAAGAACUUGGAGUCCAAGCACUCGCAAUCAUCCGUUGUCAAUGCCUUCCGUAAAAAAUUACAGGAUUUAAAAGAAAAUUCUUUGCAAAAAAAGAACUCAAAUUUGGUCCAAAAAUAUACACCAAUAUAUAAAGUUGAUCUGCUCGGAAACAGUUUAGAUCCAUCUAAAUCAUUACCAUCCAAAUCAAGAUGCUUAUAUAAUUGCAAAAGUUCCGAAAUUCAAAAUAAAGAGAAUACGGCCGAUUUGAGAGCAAAGAAAUCGAAAUCGAAAAGCAAUCAAUCAUUUUCACAAGAACCAAAUGGAGAGAAGAAAGUAAAAGAAGCGCCAGAUCUUUCGGAAGCGAAGAAAUCGGAAAUGAAAGGCAAUCUUUAUUUGAGCAGAAGAAAAACUGGUGCGAAGCGAGAAACUGAAGGAUCGGAUUCAGACUUUAAGAAAUUUGUAGCAAGAAAAAGCCCAUUUCCAGCCAAAGGACGGGCAGGUGCAAAGGCAGAAAGCGAUUUUUCAAAUCAUUCGGCAUCAAAGAGAAUCAAAUCAAAAACCAGCUUAAUACCGACCAGAAAACGGGCGGGUGAAAAGAAAGAAAGCGAAGAAUCCCUUCUUUCAGCUUCGAAGAGUCAAUCAGGAAGCACCCUGCUUCUGGCCUCAAGACGGGCAGGUGAAGGGGCAGAAAGCGAAGAAUCAGAUCAUUUUGAAAGAAAUCAAUCUCUAAUCUCAAUUGGUAAACGGCGUACAAGUGAAAAGAGAGCGAAAGAGAUUUCGUACAGCGAGGAGAGCAAAAACUCAAAUUCAAUAUCGUUCGGUUUAUAUUCUUACCUAAAUAAAACAAAAAAGGGAAGAAAAGUACCUGUGGAAAUGCCAGAAAUAACUAUUGCCAAUGAUGCUCAACUAGAGUCCACAUACAGGACGAAAUUGCAAGGUGUGCUCGCCCUCGGCAAUAGAACAAAGAAGGAGAGGAAGGCCGUAACGAUACCCCCUGAAAAGCCAGUGAAUAAAGUAGUAUCUGCGUCAAGUGGAUUUUCUAGUUUCAAGCAUCGCAAGUCACUUCGCAAUGCGCACAAAGAACAAAGCGAUUGCGAUGAUGUGAAGGUACUCUACGAUUCCAGCUAUAAAUUUUCCAAGCACAGUUACGGAGACGGCGAUUCAAACGACGAGUGUGAAACAGAUUUUAAGAGACAAGCCCUGUUCAAAACGCAGCCAAGUGCAAGUCAAAAUGAUUUCUUCUGCAUGCUGAAAGCUCGAGAUAAAUAUAUGGGGUGCCACAAAUAUUCAAAUUAAUUGGCAAACUGCGCAUUAAAGCAGCAUCAAAAUUUUAGGAAUACGUUAUUUCAGUUAUUUCAAUAAAAAAAAAAA